GUUUACUCAAGGCGAUGCUGAGGAAGAGAUGUCGAUGUUCCCACUUCGUAAAAAUUCGCAAGUUCUUUUAUUAGGGUAUCAAAUUUUGGGCAGAUACAUAACAAUGUAAAAUUGGGAAAUUUUCAAUAAAUCCAAUUAGUUUUGUCAAGGUUUGAAAAAAAACAUGGCCGUCUCCUUUGCUUCUCAGGAGCCAACAACAAAUGCCGCGAAUGUCAGGGCGAAUGAUCCGCUCACAGACGAAAUUCGAACAAUUCACCAGAUUUCUGCAUCUGAAAACAAUUCACUUCUAGCUGCCUCUGAAUGCGAUCCAGAUUCUGUUCCUGUUCAUAAUGUAUUAAUUUCAGUUACACGCAAUCCAUCUCACUUACGCACAAUGAAUCAAACUGCGCCUAAUAAUCAUCACUGGACAUGUCCGAGGGCCGCGAAUUCUCAUGAUGACGCCACUGAACCAAGCUCGCAAUUACCGGAGACUAACAAUCAUGAGGAAUCAACAAGAACCAUACAGGAAAACAAGUCUAGAUGGUGGAUGUUCUCGCGAACCGACACCGCAGGAACCCCGCGAUCCCGUACUAGGGAAAUAGGAUACCGCGUUCUCUGUUCCUUCAUCAAUGACUUCAUGCCCUGGAUUAUUGGCUCGUACGUGAUCUUCCAGGCCUUCAAGUAUGGAAUGCUAGAGCUGGGCUUGGCAGCCUUUCUUGUGAUGUUGUCGGUGCAUGGGAUUCUUAAGUGGUGCAACGCUGCAUCAGCCAUCAGAGAUGACAACAUUGACGAUCUCGAGUCGGAGUGUGACACUCGAAGAAAUUCGUCGGAGACCGACACUUCUCGCGACUACCUCUACCUUCAUCAUCAUCACCGGCACCUCAACGACACCGACUUCAGUUCAAACGAUGAGAGUGACGUUACAGACCAUAGUUCCGUCAACGAUAAAGUGAUCAUAGUCAUGGACGAGCCUCCACCCUCGUAUGACGUGGCUUCCAAACCCACAGCCAAAGACCUGGAGUUGGAUCUCCAAGUUCACUUAACUCCAAUUUUGUCACCUGAACAGUGUGGGUUGAACGGCUAUUCGGCAAGUGGCAUCGGUCGUUUGGACACCAGGGGCUCCAGAAGGCCGCAUGUUCUGCCUUGCUCUUCCUGUGUGUCGUCUGAAGUGGACGAUGAUUCUUUACCUAGCUACACGGAGGCCACCAAGAGAAUUAAAAGAAAGAAGAAAAGGAAGAAUAGCGCAAACAAUCGCUCACUCAUGACCGAAAAUAACGAUGAUACAGAAGAACAAACUCUCAUUCAUCCGAUGGAGAAGAAACACGUGGCUUCUAAUGACCGCCAGGUCUCUAUCCCAAUAGUACAUUCUAGUCUGUCGGAUGUUGACAUCACUGAAGUGCCGGUUGCACAUAACGACGGUACUGAUGUAUGCGCUGAUGUGGUGAACGGUGCUCGUGUCGAUAGAGUUCGUGAUGUGCAUACGGGUAUUAGGGAUACGCGUGAGUCACAUACUCACAACUGUACUAGGAGUGAUGCAACGUGCAUUGUGAGACUUGAUGCACGUGAUAUGAUUUCCAUAUUUCCACACGAUGCCAAUCUGACUUUCAAUUCCUUAGAAAUCGUGUAAAGUGCUUUAGUGUACACGCUUUAAUUUUUUUUGCAGCUUCUUAUUCUGCCACAUGUUUCUCCGGUUCUAAACUAACGUUAUUAUUAUCUUUCAGUGAAAACUUACAAAAUAUUCUUAGUGAAUAGUGAUGUUUUAGAUAUAUAAUUAAGCGUCUAUAAGAAUUUGUAAUAAAUUAUUAAUUUAAUGUUGUAUCUUAUAGUCGAGAAUCGCAAGGAGAAUGUGACGGAAUCAAAUUAAUUUUCGACCAAAAAGAAAUGUUCGUGCUACAACAUUGAUAAAAAUGUAAAUAAAUUCAAUUUUUUCUACAGUGAACUUAGCUAUAUGUUAACAACAAUUGUAAACAUUAUCACCAUUAUUAUGCUCACCUUAUUUUUGAACUGCAUUGUCGAAGGCUCACAAACGCUUCAUCCUCAUCGUUCUUUGUGAGCAGUAAAAUGCAUGAAAUUGAUCAAAAAAAUGUAUCGAUCAGCCUCAAACGGUCAGCCUCAAAUUCAGCCCAUAUAUGUAGGAGUUCAGCCUAAAUGAUUGUCUGUAAUUACCACUUUCCAGUCAUUAGCGCCGAAUGAGUGGAAUCUGCUGGCAGUAUCAAGCUAAUAUCUUUUUUUGUCCUCAAUAUUAAUGAUGCUAGAGCCGUGGUCCUUAACAUUAAUGAUGCCAGAGCCGUGGUCCUCAACAUUAAUGAUGCUAGAGCCGUGGUCCUUAACUUUAAUGAUGCUAGAGCCGUGGUCCUCAACAUUAAUGAUGUCAGAGCCGUGGUCCUCAACAUUAAUGAUGCUAGAGCCGUGGUCCUCUACAUUAAUGAUGCUACAGUCGCGGUCCUUAACUUUAAUGAUGCAUAGAGCCGCGGUCCUCAACAUUAAUGAUGUUAGAGCCGUGGUCCUUAACUUUAAUGAUGCUAGAGCCGUGGUCCUCUACAUUAAUGAUGCUAGAGCCGCGGUCCUUAACUUUAAUGAUGCUAGAGCCGCGGUCCUUAACUUUAAUGAUGCUACAGUCGCGGUCCUUAACUUUAAUGAUGCAUAGAGCCGCGGUCCUCAACAUUAAUGAUGUUAGAGCCGUGGUCCUUAACUUUAAUGAUGCUAGAGCCGUGGUCCUCUACAUUAAUGAUGCUAGAGCCGCGGUCCUUAACUUUAAUGAUGCUAGAGCCGUGGUCCUUAACUUUAAUAAUGCUAGAGCCGUGGUCCUUAACUUUAAUGAUGCUAGAGCCGCGGUCCUUAACUUAAUGAUGCUAGAGCCGUGGUCCUUAACUUUAAUGAUGCUAGAGCCGUGGUCCUCAACAUUAAUAAUGCUAGAGCUGUGGUCCUCAACAUUAAUAAUGCUAGAGCCGUGGUCCUUAACAUUAAUGAUGCUAGAGCCUCAAUCCUCAAACUGCCAGCGGCCUUAUCACCAUGCAGCUUUAUCCAAGUAUACGCAAGGCGGUAACGCCUUUACUCGCCACACACUCAAUGUUUCACUAAAAAAUACUUACUUAUUGAGUCUAUCUUCGGCAUAUGUGGCUGUCUAUUGUAUGGGCAGUGUGACUGCGUAUCUUUGUCACCUGUGGCUGUGUAUCUUUGAUGCAUAUGGUUGUAUAUAUGCCUCACGGAGCUUUGUCUCUAUAUCCAAUGUGGCUGCGCAUCUUUGUCACAUGAGACUUUAUGUAUAUUUGCCGCAUUUUAUUGUGUAGCUUUUUCGCAUGUUAAUGAACAUCUUGAACGCAUGUGGCUUGGUAUCUAAGCAAAUAUGUGGCUGUGAAUCUUUAGCGCCUUUGGCCGUGCAUCUUCAUCGUCUGUGGUUGUUUAUCUUAUGCAGUUUUGUAUCUUUGGAACACGUGUCUUGCACAUUUGCAAGUGUCUUGUACAUUUGCAAGUGUCUUGUACAUUUGCAAGUGUCUUGUACAUUUGCAAAACUCGUGUCUUUGGAACACGAGUUUUGCCACAUUUGUUUCAGUAUACUUGUUGCCGCUCUGUAUACAAGCCAUUUUGUUUUGCAAACUACUUCGACGUGCAAGCCAUUUUGUCCUGCAAACCUUUCUUGCUAACUUUUUCUGCCAGCUAUUUUCUUUUGCAAACUAUUUCCCUUUGCAAACUUCAUUGUUGUACAAUAUUUGGUUUUUCAGAUUAUUUUGUCUUACAAACUAUUUUGUUUUGCAGACUAUUUUAUUUUCGCUUUGAAUGCGAUUUACUUGAUAAGAGAACUAUCAUGGGGCUGGUCGCGAUAUCUCAUUUUUUCUAUCUCAUAAUUAUUUAUGCAUGACUGAUUAUAAAGAUGACACACACCCUGUACAAUUAAAUUAGCAGUAGUUAGUAAAUUCGAAUAAAUAUUUCGGUUUACACGAGGUGUGCCGAAUUACAUGUUCCUUCAUCGCUGCUAUCAAGCUGCUUCGCUGCACCUGACAUGUUCAUAAGCGUUUCAUUUUCAUAGGUUUAUUUUUAUAAGCAUUUCUAAUUGCAAGAUCUAACGCCUAGAUGUUAAACUUCGUGCAACCCGAUAGGCAAAGGUAAUCUACGCAAAAAGUUUGGAUUUAAACUUUAUCUGCGUAAAUAGAAUAAUUAAAUAGUAAUUUAUCUUAUGUCAGCGUUGAACUCGAGCAACGAAUAUGUUCAUCUGAGUUGCUUUUGAAUGUAUUUGAAAUAUUUCGAUUAAAACCUAACAAUGUU